AGAAUUUGGCGCGAGGUGGAUUUUCGUGUCUUCUUCUUCUUCGCAGAUUUGAACACGGAGUCAGCCUGACAGCUACCGCGAUGAAAACUGCCGUUAAACCCGGAUUAUGAAAGAAGCUGAAAGAGUGCCGGCACAAUGUCUGUCGCUGUGGAAGCUCCGAUGCCCAGCAUGCCUCUCCCUCUCCCAGCCCACUUCUCUCACGCAGAGCAGUCUUUCUCCCUCAAAAAGCGCCGUCCCCACUUUUCCUCCUCCUCCUCGUCCUGCUCCUCUCCGCCUCGACCCUCCAACUCUCUGCCUCCGCUGCCACCCUCCAAAGGAUGUCCCUCUGUGAGCAGGUUGUUCCCCCAGCCUCAGUCCCCCUGGACGCCGCUGUCUGCUUCACUGACUAAAUCACCUCCUCCAAAUUCUGUAUACAAUCCCAACAAACAGCAGUCCUACUUCAGUCAGUGUUUUACUAAUCUGGGACUGCUGGGAAGAGGAUCUUUUGGAGAGGUGUACAAGGUGCAAAGCACCAAAGAUGGGCAUCAGUAUGCAGUCAAGCGCUCCGCUCAGCGCUUCAGGGGAAACCUUGAGAGAAACCGGAGCGUGAGGGAGGCCAGGAACCACGAGCGCCUCUGUCCUCACCCUCACAUCCUCGACUUUGUGGCCGCCUGGGAGGAAAGUGACCGGCUGUUCAUUCAAACCGAGCUCUGCAGCACCAGCCUGCUGCUCCACGCCGAGAACCAGCCUCCCGGUCCAGAUGAGCCAUCAGCCUGGGCCUACCUGUGCGACCUCCUCGCCGCGCUGCAGCACCUCCACUCUCACGGCUUUGUGCAUCUGGACCUGAAACCGGCCAACGUCCUCAUCACUCGGUCCGGCCGCCUGAAGCUGGGGGACUUCGGGCUGCUCUAUGAGGUGAAGCAGACGGGCGCCGGGGCAAACGAGAAGGAGGACGCCCAGGAGGGAGAUCCCAGAUACAUGGCUCCAGAGCUGCUCCGCGGGGAGUACGGACCUGCCGCAGAUGUUUUUAGUUUGGGAGUCUCUAUUUUGGAGCUUGCCUGUAAUAUCGAGGUUCCAAAUGGUGGCGAGGGAUGGCAGCAGCUUAGACAAGGCUGUCUGCCUUUAGAAUUCACCAGCGGCCUGUCAGCUGAGCUGCAGACGGUCUUACGGAUGAUGCUGGCCCCAGAACCAUCAACCAGAGCGACAGUCUCUGAGCUCCUCGCUCUCCCCUCUGUGAGGAAGCGGAGGUGGAAACGGCGCCUUUACCUCAUGGUCGUUGAGACUGUGCUGACCCUGGCCUCCCUCUGCCAGUCGGUGGUGAGCUUUGGGAGUCGACUCCUGUCUCCAUUUCAUUUCUCCUUCCCGUGGUGGAACAAGCCGGCUCCCUGCACUCCUCCUAAAGACAGCUGGGACAGAGACCUGAACGUGUCCCUCAGUGUCAUCCAGACGGACUCGGAAAGCCCGGAGUGUGACGGAGUGUUUCACAGCACACACACCACGCGUUCCCCCAUGUUCUCCCACAGAGUCAGAUCCAGGCUGUCGAUGGGAAACUCCUCCACUCCGGUCCACGGUUCUCCGCUGAGCGGCCACCGGAGCCCGGCCCGCUCGCCCUCUCACUCCGACGUGUCCAGCUGGUCCUCCCUGAAGCUGGCCCGGACUCCGUCCAGCAUCCACUCCAACGGCUCGUGCUGCACCCUGACGCCGGGCGGCAGCCCCCUGCUCACCCAGCUCCAGACGGGCCCCUCGCCCGCCAGGACGCUGCAGCGGGGCCGCCGCAGGCGACUCCAAACGGACGAGGCCGAACCGCGACCCGGCUUCGAACCAAAAAACCUCCUCAGUCUGUUUGAGGAAACGUCUUCAGAAGGACAAUCCUAAGUCACUGCCGUUUUACUGCCAUGAACAAAGUUUUUUUUUUUUCUUAAAAACGACCCUGUGUAUAAAUACGUACCAUUAAGUUGUGUAAAAUGUGUCGGGUUUUGCUUUUUUGUAACCGUCUCACGGCUCCUUCUUACUGUGUGUAUUUCUUUGCUAACAUGUAUUUAAAAAGAAGUGAAUUUUGGGACAAAGGUGAACAUGGAGUCAGACUUUUAAUGCACUUUUUUUUUUUUUUUUAAGUUUUUGUAAAUAGACUGCUGUUGUUCAUCAGUAGCCUGUUGUGCAUUAAGAGAU